AUGACUCUUAAUCGUCCAAAACCAAGUGCUAGUCCAUCAGAUGAUUCAGCUGUUGGUGAUAUGAAUAGUAAUGGAACAAGUACAACAAGUAGUAGUAACGGUGAAGCAUUAUGUCCGGAAACUACUUCAACGACAACAACAGAAAGUUUAACUGAAUCAUAUACAAAAUUAGCACUAACCAAACGACAAACAUCUCUCGUCAUAGAAUCUACCGCUGAUUCAAAUGAUCCAGGGAAAAUGUUUAUUGGUGGCCUCAGUCCUACUACAACAUCUGAGGGAUUACGGGACUAUUUUCAAAAAUACGGUGAGCUUAGGGAAUAUAUGAUUAUGCGUGAUCCUCUCACAAAAAGAUCAAGAGGUUUUGGAUUUAUUACAUUUUCUGAUCCAGUGUGUGUGGAAAAAGUCCUCGAAACAGCUCCACAUAUUUUGGACUACAAAAAGAUUGAUCCAAAACUUGCUGUUCCUCGUAAAUCUGGUCAAAAUACAAAAGUAUCUACAAAAACUAAACGUGUAUUUAUCGGUGGAGUUGCAACACAAACAACAAAUGAAGAAUUAAGUGAAUACUUUAGUCAAUUUGGAAAGCUAGAAUCAUGUGAAUUAAUGAUGGACAAGUCAACUAAUCGACAUAGAGGCUUUGGAUUUGUUACUUUCGAAUCAGAAGAAUCAGCUGAAAAAGUUUGUGAAAUUCAUUUUCACGAUUUGCAUAAUAAAAUGGUUGAAGCUAAAAAAGCCGUUCCAAAAGAAGUGAUGAGUACAAAUAACUCCUUGAUUAAGCAACGACAUCAGUUUAUUCGUGCUCCAAUUUCACAUUUUCUUCCUGCUCAGUUGAAUGGAGCUGCAGCGGCGGCUGCAGCAGCAGCUGCUGCUUCAUAUACAUUAACAGCAACAUCACCGAUUACAGCACGUCAACCAAGUGCCUAUGCUUACUUACCUGGUUAUUAUCUAUCUCCAGGUAAUUCAAUGUUCUACAGUCCAUCAACAGGUGUUAUGGUUAAUCCACAUACUGGACUACUACCAUCCACACUAGAUCCUAAUCAAAUAAGAAAUCAAGACUGUCAAACUACCAGUUAUGAUUUACUCAAUUCAUCAUCGAAUUUAAUAUCUCUGUUAACUCAUUCAUUACAACCUAUUCAAUCAACCUCAUUCGUAACUUCUAAUCCGCGUAUCCCAAUCAUUACGAAUACAACUGAUAAUAAUAACGAUAAGAACAAUCAUUUAAAUAUGUUUAAUAAUCCUAACAGUAACUGCAGCAGUAUUAACAAUAGUUGUUAUCGAUCAACAGCAGAAAAUAAAGAACAGCAAGUAGCAGAAUUUAUUAAUACUAAUCGUGCUAAUAAAUUACAGUUUUUAUUGAAUUCUAUGACCAUCAAUUCAAUGUUACAAACUGGAGAAACUACUAAUCAUAGUCCUUUGAUCGAUUCCACAGCUCAUUGCUUACAAACAGAUAUUAUAGGAGCAGAAAAUAAUCAAGUUGAAAUUAGUCAACAUUCUCAUCCUCUUACUAAUCAUCUUCCUCAUUCUUACUCAACUUAUAGUCAACAUAAUCAACCACAAUUACAAAUAUUGGGCCCAUCAACAGUCCCAUCUGUUCAACAAUCAUCAAUUACUGGAAUAAAUUAUCAUCCACCUACCGUAUCUGAGAAUCUUGUUACAAAUGGCCAAGCACAUUAUCUUAUUACAGGUGCACCAAAUGGAACAAAUCCUAGUCAUACAACAAUAUUUGCUAAUCAUAUACAAACCUCACCAGUUACAUUGAUUCCAGAAAUUGAUUAUAAUGCUUGUUCAAUUAUACAUACAUAUAGAAAUGAAUAA